CUAUCUGAAUGAGCUAAUCUCAUUGACUUCGACUGCGAAGGCGGCCUAUGUUCUCUGAUUUAUUCAUUAGCAAAUGCAUUUGUAUUUUCAUCACAAUUAACCUCUCAAGCUGUGACUUCCACAACAAUGGGGAGGAUUCAUUGCAACUCUCUGGUUUUAAUAUACACAAUCUUGAUUUUACGAGUCUUUCAUGUUGCUGGCUCCACCGCUGUUGGUGACACAGUUAACAUUGUUGCCAUUCUUGAUGUGAGUACACCCGCAGGAAAGGCGGCCAAUACGUCUUUACACUUUGCUCUCCAAGAUGUUAACGACGAGGCAGCUAAUGGUACUCGCCUCAACCUCACAAUUCAAGAAUCUCGAGGAUUUGUUGGAAACGUUCUGCAAGUAUUCAGAAGUGAGGUUGCGGCAAUCCUGGUGGAGGACCCUAAGAUUUCAAAGCUUUUGGCCCCUGUAGCGGAAGAAGUUCACGUACCAAUCCUGUCAAUCAGCAGUGCGCACGGUUUUGGAACUACAAGUGCCUCCACAUAUUUGCUUUCCACAUUUCCUAGUCGUUAUGACGAUAUGAACGCCACAGCAGCCAUAGCAGCCUACUUUAAGUGGAAGUCAGUGGUCGUGAUGUAUGAGGACGAUGAAUUCUGGUUAAAUGGUGUAUACCAAUUGACAGAGGCGCUGCAGGAGUUUCAGCAGGACGCGGUAAACAACAGGACAACAAUUUCAAGGACAACAGCGCUUUCUUGUGCUUCAAGUCGAGACAAAAUUUGGGAAACCUUAGUGGAUUUGAAUAACACAAGUGGUGUUAGGGCUUUCAUUGUGCACACGAGUGUUGAUGUGGCUCUUAACAUGUUUUUCAUAGCACAACAGUUAGGCAUGAUGGAUAAAAGCUAUGUCUGGCUUGUCACGGACUCUGUUGCUUCCUUUUUGGAUUCUCUGCCUCCUUCUAUCCAAACAUUGCAAGGAAUUGUGGGAGUUAAAAGCGUUGCAACACCCCAAUUCACAGAAUUGCGGGAGAGGCUGCAGCUCAACGCUUCAGAAGAUGGCAUCAACCGAAUCGGGAUACAAGCGUACAGUUCCCUUAAGCUCAUUGCAAGGGCAGUUGCUGCCUUGCAUUCACAGGACAUAGAGAUUGGAUAUGAUGGACAAAUUCCCCAGAAUGUCACGGAUUUCCCUGGCUCGACGAUGGUUUUAAAAGGAGGCGAAUUGCUUCGUGAGAAGAUUGGCCAGUUAGAAAUUGGUGCUGUUGACAAGAAUUUAAAAAUUCGUGAGUAUGAGAUAAUUAACGUGGUGGGAAAAAGUUACAAAACAGUUGGGUUUUGGAAAACAGACACCGGGCGGCUUCAAUCCGCAGGCAAAGAAGAAAAUAAGCUGGGAAGUAUCAUCUGGCCUGGCGAUAGCACACAAGUUCCCAAUGGGUACAAAAAACUUGUAAUUGGAAAGCUCAUACAGAGCAUUUCUUCUGAUUAUAUUGAGUUCAUCGGCCGGAUUUCAGGCUACACGAAUGACACAUUUGAGGCUGCCAUAGACACGCUCCCGUACAAUCUGCCUUUCGUUUACAAGGCCUUCGAGAAUCACAACUCAAAUGUCUCUAACUACGAUGCACUUGUAUCCGAGUUAGUCGAUGGAAAUACAUUCGAUGCAGUGGUGGGGGACUCGACAAUUUUGUGGAACCGUUCUUUGUAUGUUGAUUUCACCCAGCCAUACACCCAAAUGGGUCUGCUGUUGAUGGUACCAUUGAAAAAAGCAAGAGGGCAGACGUGGACGUUUCUCUAUCCAUUCAAUACAGGGUUGUGGGUUAUAGCGGGGACAUUCUUCGUCUUCACUGCGUUCCUUCUGUGGCUCAUGGAAUAUCAGGACAACCAUGAAUUCCAAGGCGGAGUUAUCCAAGAAGUAGUAACUUCAUUGACAUUGUCCGCCUCUGCCUUCGUAUUCGUUCACAGAGAGGAGGUGAGGAGUACUCUGGGCAAGGGAAUACUAGCUACGUGGCUCUUCAUCGCUCUAAUAUUGAACAACAGCUACACUGCACAUCUCACCUCUAUUCUGACAGUACAGAGAUGGGUUCCUACCAUUACAAAAAUGGAGAGCCUCACCACAAGCAAUGUUAAAGUGGGUUACCAGAAUAAUUCAUUUGUUAAAAAUUAUCUCACAGGUAAUCUGAAAAUACCUCAAGAUAGACUAGUGCCUUUGGGAAAUACCUAUGAUUACGUGCAAAAGCUAACGAGUGAGGAAGUGGGUGCCAUAGUGGAUGAGAGCCUAUAUGUUCAAAUAGUGAAAUCUCUCUACCCAUGUGCAAAAUUCGAAGUUGUCGAUCAAGGAUACUUCGACACAGGACGCUUGGGAUUUUUUUUUCGCAAAGGGUCACCAUUUUUAUUAGAUAUGUCUAAAGCGGUGCUCAACACAUCGGAGCAGCAUUUCACGGUACAGAGUAUACGCAACAAAUGGUUUGGCGAAACAACGCGGUGUCCAGAUAUGGAGAGAGGGAUUGAGUCCAGCAAUACUCCCAUUACUCCAGCCAAUCUAUGGAUUCUUUUCGUUCUCACCGCAUCCGUCUAUGCUAUUGCAGCGUUGAUUCAUAUCGGCCGAAAGUUCCAUCCGAGUCGGCAGAAUUUGGGUGCAACCCAAACACAAUUUUUUAACGCAUUCAAUGAUGAAGGCCAAAUCUUACAGCUUACCAGGGGCCCCGCCCCCAUGUAAAUCCAACGCUGAUAACGCGGAUUGUGAAAAACCCACAGUUUUGAAGUCAAUUUCAAGGCGUGUACAAUUUGUUUAUUUCCUCCAUUUCCUGAAGCCAUCGUUGUAUUGAUAUAAAAUCUAGUUGACUACGUGUUGCAUGU